UAAUAAUUUUCACUAAAACAUGGAAUUCUUAUCGAAUAUUAUUGCACAAGCAAAGAAGGACGGAUUGACUGAUCUGGCUGGUAAAGGUAUCCAACUUCAGGUCAUAGAGGUUGAUAGUGCUACUCAGGGUGAUUCUGAAGCUCUUUGAGAGUGGACUAAGGUGAUGUUAUGGGAUGGAACCGAUCAGAUCAAAGCCAAGAUUAAGACUGAUGUAUUUACCAAGAUGACUAAGAAUAUUGAAAAAUACUCAGUGAUUAAGUUCAACGCAUGCUGCUUCUCUCAAGAGAAGAACACCAAAGAGAAGACCUUAGUAGUAAAACCAGAAGUAGAGGUCAUAAAGCAGUAUGCUCAUAAAAUACACUCUGAAGAGGAAGUAAAGACUGAAAAGGCUACAUUAGCCACUUGUGCUAAGAAGACUACUGAGAUAGAAGAUCAGAAAUAAAGAAGAUACAGAUUUGGUCAAGGAGAUUCAACAGAGGAUCAAACUUCUAAGCUUAGACGAUAAGGAUGCUGAUGAUGAUGAAAAGAAGAAUGAAGAUGAAGAGCAUGAUGACUCAGAGAAUGAUGAUAAAAGUCAACAUGAUGAUAAAUAUCAAUAUUUGCCUAUUUCUCAGAUAAGCGUAUGUCAUAAUUAUCAGAAAACAGAUUGGGAGGUGAAAGCUAGAGUUGCUGAAGUCUCUAAGAUCAAGAUCUUCAACAAUAAUUGGAGUUAUCGGUACAGAGGUCAAUCUUUUAGAGUAGUCAACAUUAUCCUUUCAGACUACUACACUGGAGAUGAGAUUGAAGGAGCUUUCUACAAUGAGUUAAUCGAGAAGUUCUUCAAUGUACAGAAUGGAGAUAUAGUUGCUCCUACAUCAAACCCAGAUCAUAUCCAACAAGGUUGAGUGUAUAUCAUCUCAGGUUGUACAAUAUUGGACAACAAGAUUACCAGCCCUAUAAAGCACAGAAGAAAGCUGAAUUUCAAAGAAUACUCUGUUGUGAAGAGAUGUGAAGCUCCUAAGAAGAAGUCCAAAAGAAAGGUCAGUUUUACCUACCAUCACAAUCUUGAGAACAAGAUAGGUAAACUAGUGAACAUAUCUGGAAUUGUAUCGAAGAUAGAUAAACCAUCUAAUGAAGAACCUUCUGAAGCUACUUCAACAAGUGUCUCUCUUGAUUUACUGAUAUUUAAUAGCUCAGAAGAAAAGGAUUUUGAAAAAGUUAGCCUGCAAAUUUGAGACAAAGAGGCCACCAUUGUUGGAAUCACAGAAGGAGAGGUUAUAUUUGCCUUGGAUUGAGAAAUCAAGAAGGAAGGAGAAUUACUUCAAAUUUUGAGCAAUGUACAAAACAUAAGAAAGGGCAAGAGCAUUGAAAAGCUUGGAUGGACAAAGAAACUAAAACUGGCCUAUCAAAACAUGGUUACAAAGAUUGCUUUAAAAGAAGCUCAAAGCAAAGGAAAAGAUUGACUAGAGGAAUCUAAAAUUGAAGGGUCUACUAUAAAAUGUAAAGUAGUUAUUCCGCCAAUAAAUUACAGUCAAAAUCACCUACUUUUUACUCAAAAGUGAAAGACUUGUAAAAAUUAUCAAGAUAUCCAAGAAGAUAAUAAGAUCAACAAAGAAGAGUUUUGCAAACAUUGCAAGUUUGAUUCAGAAUUCUCACUUGAAUACAAAAUCCAAUGCAGUAUCGUCCUUGAAACUGGAGCUACUUACCAGUGUGUCAUGAAGAACUUAUGAGCUCACGAGAUCCUACCAAAACCAGCUUUGAAACUCUUCAAAAUGAGUGAAGAUACAAGAAGAGAGUUACUCGAGACCUGAACUAAGGAUUACUCAAAACUAGAUUCAUCCUCUACAAACGACUCCUUCUGUGAAGUAAUCCUUGACAAUCCCUUACCUAAUGAGCAAGACGAAGUCCCAAAAUCCUACAGUGAAGACAUAGAUACCAAAGAUACCCAGACCUACUAUGAGAUCAAGCAAAUAACAUCAUUACACUAA